AUGUUUCACGAAAUCGACCCACAUUUGAAUGGUGAUAAUAAUGUAGAUGGUGGUGAUGUACAUGAUGUAAAUAAUGAUGAUGGUGAUGUACAUGAUGGUGAUAUAGAUGUUGCUGUAGUAGAUGAUGGUAAUGUAGAUAAUGGCGAUGUAAAUGAUGGUCAGGUAGAUGACGGUGAUGUAGAUUAUGGUGAUGUGGAUGGUGGCGAUGUAGAUGGUUGUGAUGAAGAUGAUGCCAAUAUGAGUGAUGUAGAUGAUGACGAUGUAGAUGUUGAUGAUGGAGAUGGAGAUUAUGGUGAUGUAGAUAAUAGCGAUGUAGAUUAUGGUGAUGUUGAUGAUGACGAUGUAAAUGAUGAUGAGGGCGAUGUGGUUGAUAGUGAUGUAGAUGAUGGCGAUGUAGAUGAUGCGAUGGUGCUGUGGAUCAUGGUGAUGUAG